ACCGCAGCCAUUAGACAAACACUGUCUGGGCUUUAGUAGAGUGUGGACACAGAUGAUGCUGCGUAAUUGCCGCUAAUCUUUGCUGUGGUUUACAGCUGUUGUUCGGCACUUCGCCUACCUUGAGCCGAUCCUUCAAACAGACAGGCUGCGUAUUUAUCUCGCAAAUUCAUGAUGGUCGCUGCCGGACUACAGUGAAAAAUGGCCCAUAACAUCCACCGUACAUUAACAUGAUGUGCAGUAGGCUUUAGAUGUGCACAGGCUCCCAAAACAACAAUCAUGGGAGCCAUCAGGGCUUGUCUGCAGAGAAUAAGACGCAAAAUUAAGCUGGACCUGCUCAGAGAGCUGGGCCGACAGUAUCCAGUCUUCUGCUUUCUGCUGCUGGUGCUGCUACUGUCCACUGUGCUUUUAAACAGAUAUAUUCACAUUAUAAUGGUGUUUUGGUCCUUCCUGGCUGGUGUUGUCACUUUCUACUGCUCUUUGGGGCCUGAGUCACUGCUGCCCAACAUCCUAGUCUCCAUCAAACCAAAGACCAAGUCAUACCAGCAGGAGCUGUUUCCGCUGGGCCACAGCUGUGCUGUUUGUGGAAAAAUAAAAUGCAAAAGGCACAGGCCGACUUUAUUACUGGAAAACUAUCAACCAUGGCUCGAUCUGGAAGUUCCUUCAAAGGUGGAUACUUCACUUUCAGAGAUUCUGGAGCUUGUUCUAGAAAAUUUUGUGUAUCCGUGGUAUAGAGACAUCACAGAUGAUGAGGCGUUUGUUGACGAGCUGAGAGUGACUUUGCGUUUCUUUGCAGCUGUGUUGGUCCGUCGAACUCAGAAGGUUGAUGUGGCAUCACUCAUCACAAAAAGGCUUCUUAAAGUCUCCAUGAAGCACAUUGAAAUUAUUACCAAAGCAAGGCAAAAAGUAAAGAACACAGAGUUUCUUCAACAAGCUGCCCUAGAAGAAUACGGUCCUGACCUUCAUGUAGCCCUCCGCAGUCGCAGAGAUGAGCUGCUCUACCUCAGGAAGCUGACAGAGAUGCUUUUCCCCUACAUCUUGCCACCCAAGGCUACAGACUGCAGAUCUCUUACUCUCCUGAUAAGAGAAGUCUUGGCUGGUUCUGUCUUCCUUCCUUCAAUGGACUACUUGGCUGAUCCUGACACAGUGAAUCAUUUACUUUUGAUAUUCAUCGACAACUCUCCACCGGAAGAAGCCACAGAACCAACUUCAGCAUUGGUUCCUUUCCUGCAAAAAUACUCUGAUAUUCGCAACAAAAAGCCUUCAGUGCUGAAGUUGGAGUUGAAGGAAAUCAGAGAACAGCAAGAUCUUCUCUUCCGAUUCAUGAACUUUUUGAAGCAAGAGGGGGCUGUCCACGUGCUCCAGUUCUGCCUUGCAGUCGAGGAGUUCAAUGAUAGGAUACUGUGCCCAGAGCUGUCUGACUCAGAGAAGAUGAUGCUCCACGAGGAGGUGAAGAAGAUCUAUGAGACCUACUGUUUGGACGAGAGCGUCGACAAGAUCCGCUUUGACCCCUUUAUUGUGGAAGAAAUACGCAACAUUGCUGAGGGCCCGUAUUCAGAGGUGGUGAAACUACAGACCAUGAGAUGUUUGUUUGAAGCUUAUGAGCAUGUCCUGUCCCUCCUGGAGAAUGUUUUCACACCAAUGUUCUGUCACAGUGACGAGUAUUUCCGCCAGCUCCUGCGAGGGGCAGAAUCUCCUGCCAGGAAUUCCAAAAUGAGCAGAAAUAGCCUCAGUUUGGAUGACAUCCGUUCCUGGGACUGGAGCCCCGAGUCCCCGUCCUCACUGUUCACCGCCUCUGGCAGCUCUUCACCUGCAUCCUUUAACUCCCUCCAUGCCCAGUCCACGUUUACAACUUACCCAUACGGCUCGCUAUCCCACCGCCACUCAUCACCCAAGAACACGUCAAAGAGGGGCGAGUCCUUUGGGAUCAGCCGCAUUGGCAGUAAGAUCAAAGGGGUGUUCAAGAGCACAACCAUGGAGGGUGCGAUGCUGCCAUCCUAUGGGCUGGUAGAGGGAGAGGAUGAUAUGGUAGAGGAAGCUAUGAUGGUGCUGGAGGAUGACUCCCCAGUAGAGGCAGCCUCCACCCCCAGCACACCUCGAAACCUCUCAGCCUGGAACAUCACCAUCCCUUACAUUGAUUUCUAUGACGACGACGUGAAGAGGGAGAGGAUUCCUGUGUUCUGUAUUGAUGUGGAGCGCAAUGACCGGAAAGCAGUGGGACAUGAGACUGAGAUGUGGUCCGUGUACAGAAGAUAUCUGGAGUUCUAUGUCCUCGAGUCAAAGCUCACUGAGUUCCAUGGAUCAUUUCCAGAUGCACAGUUGCCUUCCAAGAGAAUCAUCGGUCCCAAGAACUACGAGUUUCUUACAUCAAAGCGGGAGGAGUUCCAGGAAUAUCUUCAGAAACUUUUACAGCACCCGGAGCUGAGCAACAGUCAGCUUCUUGCCGACUUCCUGUCACCUCACAGCAUGGAGUCUCAGUUCCUGGACAAGAUGCUACCUGACGUGAACCUGGGGAAAAUCAUUAAGUCAGUCCCCAGCAAACUGAUAAAAGAGAAAGGGCAGCAUCUAGAGCCUUUCAUUCAGUCCUUCUUCAACUCCUGUGAAUCUCCCAAACCCAAACCCAGCCGCCCCGAGCUCACUAUUCUCAGCCCCACUUCAGAAAAUGACAAAAAGCUCUUUAAUGAUCUCUUCAAAAACAAUGCCAACCGAUCAGAACUGGCUGAAAAGAGACACAAUCAGAACUACUUCAUGGAAAUGAUCACUGUUGAAGGGGUGUAUGACUACUUAAUGUAUGUGGCCCGAGUUGUCUUCCGCAUCCCUGACUGGCUGCACCACCUGCUAAUGGGUGGAAGGAUCCUGUUCAAGAACACCCUGGAGGCUUACACAGAUUAUUACCUUCAGUACAAAUUGAACAAGGUGGUCCAGGAGCACCGGCUAGUCUCACUCAUCACCCUGCUCAGAGACACCGUUUUCUGUGAGAGCAGUCUGCCCCGCUCGCCCCAAGACAAGCAGAAGAGGGCUAAGAAGACCUUUGAGGAAAUGAUGAGAUAUAUUCCAGACAUUCUAGGGAAAUGUAUCGGAGAAGAAGCCAAGUAUGAAGGAGUGCGUCUCCUCUUUGAUGGACUACAGCAGUCAGUUCUUAACAAACAGCUGACAUAUGUACUUUUGGAUAUUGCUAUUCAAGAACUUUUUCCUGAACUAAACAAGGUACAGAAGGAGACGUCUGUGAUGGCUCCAUGGAUGUAAAAUGCACAAAUAGACACAAGCUAACAUAUGUAGGAUUUCACUACUGCAGAGACUAUGUUUGGUGUGGUUACCUGAAACUAACCUGCAGAUGACAU